GUGAGCUAGAAAAAUCUCACCUCCACCCGUGGCAAACAUGGGGCAGAACUAGGCAGAAGGAGGGCGGCAGGGAAGGCUUCUUGGGGGCUAGACUCGCACUGUCCACAAAGCAGCAGGCUUGCUGGCCCCUUGCCAGAGGGAUUCCAGAGCUGACCCUGAACACUGCAUGAGCUGCUUUCAGCGGUGACCUGCAGAAGGCAGCCCGGGUGGUGCAACUCUCUGCCAGCCUCGGAUUUAUUGCCCGUGACUAGGCCCUACCUCGGUCAUUAAAACCAAAAGCAGUCGGAAUUUUCCCAGCACAUUCAGCAUGCUGCCGACUCGCUCCUCAGCCCUCUCAGGACACAUUAAGCUCUGGUUUCUGACCUUAGCUGUCCUUGUGGUCCUGGCUCAGACUUCCCCAGACGGGUGGCUGAAAACGUGCUUUUAUGGAAUGGGCAAAUGCAGACAUGAAUGCAGGUCAAGUGAGAAGAAGAAAGAGAGAUGUGGGGACUCCACUGUUUGCUGUCUCCCAAUAUCAAAGUCGAAACUAUCUCACUUGCCCCCAGGCAAAGAACCGGCAAAGAAGGGAGGGUCUUGCUAAGACCCAGGAAGACCCUGGUCAUCGGCCAGCCAAGGAGAGAUGCCAAAGAGAACCAGCUCUACUGAUAUUUGCACUUUGGAUUUUGUCCUCAGAAUUGUGAGAAAAUAAACUCAAGUCACCCA